UGGUGGAGGAUCUUCCAAAGUUGAGUAAAAAACAAAGACCCAUUUAGGUUACAGGCUUAUCUAGAUUCAAGAAUAUCAGAGGGGAGUAGUUUAAGAAAACAGAGAAAUGGCUAGAGAUAAGAAUUCACCAUCAUCGUCUUCAACUUCUGUGAAGACAAAACAGAAAUCAGGCUUAACAUCCAUGGCAUUCAGAGGGGUGGGCAAUCUCAUCAAGCUUCUCCCUACCGGGACUGUCUUCUUGUUUCAAUUCCUCAGUCCAAUCUUAACCAAAAAUGGCCAUUGUGACACCAUUAAUAAGUACCUAACCAGUGUUCUCCUUGGUGUCUGUGGCUUCUCCUGCUUUUUUUCAUCCUUCACUGACAGUAAUAUGGGAAGUGAUGGGUUGGUUCAUUAUGGUAUUGUAACCAUUCAUGGCCUCUGGUCAUCUUCAUCAACAGACGCAUCUUCUUAUAAGCUUAGAGUAGGGGACUUUGUUCAUGGCCUCAUGUCGCUGAUUGUGCUUGCGGUGGUUGCGCUAUUGGACCCCAACACCAUGAAAUGCUACUAUCCCUCGUUUGAAUCCACCCAGAAGAAGCUGGUGAUGGUGUUGCCUCCUGUGGUUGGUGCCGUUGCCAGUACAGUGUUCGUCCUCUUCCCCAGCAAUCGUCAUGGAAUUGGGUACCCUUCAAGCCAGACUCCUGCAGCUUAAGACUCCUCCUAGAUAGUGACCUUCCCAUCCCAAGAAGGAAAGAUAUAAUAUUCAGUCUUCUUAUUUCUGAUGCUUCUUUGAGUUUGUGUGAAUUUCUGUACUUUAAUCUGAUUUCUCCUCCCCCCUCCCCCCUCCCCCUUCCCCUUCCCCUUCCCCUUCCCCUUCCCCUUCUUCUACUAUGAGAUGUCUUUGUAUGGUUUAAAAAGUUAUAUGAUUAUGAUUAUAAUACAGAAAAUAGUAGCAUCUA